AUGACCGGCAGCCACGUUUGUUGUAAUUUUUUAAAUAUGUGGAAAAAAAGCAAGAUAUCGACCAUGUAUUACCUUAACCAAGAUGCCAAAUUGUCUAACUUGUUUCUCCAGGCCAGCAGUCCAACAACUGGGACAGCUCCCAGGAGCCAGUCAAGGUUGUCUGUCUGUCCAUCCACUCAGGACAUCUGCAGGAUCUGUCACUGCGAAGGGGACGAGGAGAGCCCACUCAUCACGCCCUGCCGCUGCACAGGCACCCUACGCUUCGUGCACCAGGCCUGCCUGCACCAGUGGAUCAAGAGCUCUGACACACGCUGCUGUGAGCUGUGCAAAUAUGACUUCAUCAUGGAGACCAAGCUCAAGCCCCUGCGGAAGUGGGAGAAACUGCAGAUGACCACCAGCGAAAGGAGGAAAAUCUUCUGCUCGGUCACUUUCCACGUCAUUGCCAUCACCUGCGUGGUCUGGUCCUUGUACGUGCUGAUAGACCGGACGGCAGAGGAGAUCAGGCAGGGCAAUGAUGACGGUGUCCUCGAAUGGCCAUUUUGGACAAAGCUGGUUGUGGUGGCCAUCGGCUUCACUGGAGGUCUGGUCUUCAUGUACGUCCAGUGCAAGGUCUAUGUGCAGCUAUGGCGCAGGCUGAAAGCCUACAACCGCGUGAUCUUUGUGCAGAACUGCCCGGACACAGCCAAGAGGGCGGAGAAGAACCGCUCUUGCACCGUGAGCGUGGACACCAAGGACGCUGGGGCAGCGCCCGCGUUGCCGACGGCGACCACUACACGGCCACCCACGGAGUCCGGGCCCACCGAGCUCGUACCCGUGUGA